GAGCGCAUCGCCCGCAUACAGCAGCAGGUGCCCUUCGACGCCGCCAAACUACACCAGUCCCAGCAGAUGGCAGCGCAGUACAACAUGGUGGACGACGGGACAGGAGAGACCCAGAUCUGGAGAGUUGAGAGCAGUGGCCGAGUGGCGAUCGACCCGAAGGAGUACGGCCACUUCUACGGCGGCGACUGUUACAUAAUCCUGUACACUUACAAGAGGGGACAGAUCAUCUACACCUGGCAGGGCUCCAGCAGUACUCGUGAUGAGCUCACAGCUUCAGCCUUCCUCACUGUGAAUCUGGACCGGUCACUAGGAGACAGUGCUGUGCAGGUGAGGGUGACUCAGGGGAAGGAGCCUACCCACCUGUUGAGUCUCUUUAAGGCCCGCCCCCUGGUGGUCUAUCGCAACGGGACGUCCCGUCACGGAGGGCAGAGCGCCCCGCCCCCCACACGCCUCUUCCAGGUGCGCCGCAACCUGGCCAGCGUCACGCGCAUCGCUGAGGUGGAGGCGGCGGCGGGGAGCCUGAACUCGAACGAUGCGUACCUGCUGAGGAUGGAGGGGGGGCGGGGGGUGGUGUGGGUGGGGCGGGGGGCCAGCCCGGAGGAGGAGGCCGGAGCGCAGUACAUCAGCCAGGUGCUCCAGUGCUCCGACAUCACACGCUUCAAAGAAGGACAGGAGACAGGUGAGUUCUGGGCAGCUCUAGGGGGAAAGAUGGAGUAUCAGACCUCUGAGCGUCUGGAGAGUCAGACCAACUGCCACACGCCCCGCCUCUUUGCCUGCUCCAAUAAGACUGGCAGGUUUGUGAUUGAGGAAGUGCCGGGGGAGUGGUCUCAGGAUGACCUCGCUGAGGAUGACGUCAUGCUUCUGGACGUCUGGGAUCAGGUGUUUAUAUGGAUUGGGAAAGAUGCUAAUGAGGUGGAGAGGACCGAAUCACUGAAAUCAGCGAAGGCCUACAUUGAGACGGACCCGUCGGGUCGGGACAGAGGCACGCCAGUGGUUCUGGUCAAGCAGGCCCACGAGCCGCCCACCUUCACCGGCUGGUUCCUGGCGUGGGACGCGGCGCGCUGGGACGGCGAUCACGUGGCACGGCGUCUGAAGUCCCUCAACGUCCAGUAGAGUGGCGCCGGGGCGGCACGAGUCACGGGCACACGGGCACACGGGCACACGGGCACACGGGCACACGGGCACACGGGCACACGGGCACACGGGCACACGGGCACACGGCCAGGACAGGAGCUUCUUUAAAGUUUCAACAGUUUUUAUUUGUAUUGAUUAAGCUCCUGAAUGAUAAUAAUUUAUUUUAUUUGUAAUGCACUCUUCAUUCAAAAGAAUCUCAGACUAUAACUAUAAUAAUACAAUAAAAUAAAAAAGAAUUAACAUAAGCAUAAUAGAAAACUUUUUAACAUUUUAACAUACGAUUUAACACAAGGCCAGAAAUGCCUUCCUGAAUAAAAAUGUUUUUAGUCCAGCUUUAAAGAUGAUCAAUAAAGAGGCUCAGACCUG